CCGGGAGGCGGAGGAAGAGCCGGGAGGCGGGAGGCGCCGUGGCUGAGGUGUGCCGGCGCUGGUGGCCUGAACGAGGUAAACCAUGACUGUGGCUUCGGUGGCGUCACUCUUUGGGCCUCCCUUCCUGAGGUUUCCUUGAGCCAUCUCCCUGGUGGAAACGCUCCCGGUUUUUCUCCACAAGUACUUGCGAAAAAGAUGGCUGACAUUAACCUCAAAGAAAUAACCUUAAUAGUAGGUGUGGUUACUGCCUGCUAUUGGAACAGCCUCUUUUGUGGUUUUGUUUUUGAUGAUGUUUCAGCAAUCCUGGAUAAUAAAGACCUACAUCCAUCUACACCCCUAAAAACAUUAUUUCAGAAUGAUUUCUGGGGAACCCCCAUGUCUGAGGAGAGAAGCCACAAGUCUUACCGUCCCUUAACAGUGUUGACAUUUCGCUUAAAUUAUCUGUUUAGUGAACUAAAACCAAUGUCAUAUCAUCUCCUAAAUAUGAUUUUUCAUGCUAUGGUCAGUGUGAUAUUUCUUAAAGUCUGUAAGCUUUUUCUGGACAACAGGAGUAGUGUGGUUGCUGCUCUACUUUUUACAGUGCACCCAAUACAUACAGAAGCAGUAACAGGUGUUGUAGGAAGAGCAGAACUUUUGUCAUCUAUCUUUUUUCUAGCUGCAUUUUUGUCAUAUACCAAAUCAAAAGGACCGGAUAAUUCCAUAGUGUGGACUCCAAUUGCACUGACAGUGUUUUUAGUGGCUGUUGCAACACUGUGUAAAGAACAAGGAAUAACAGUGGUGGGAAUUUGCUGUGUGUAUGAGGUGUUCGUUGCCCAGGGGUAUACUUUGCCAUUAUUAUGUACUACUGCUGGACAGUUUAUCCGUGGAAAGGGUAGUAUUCCCUUUUCUAUGCUGCAGACACUAAUAAAACUCAUUGUCUUGAUGUUCAGUACACUGUUACUUGUUGUGAUUAGAGUCCAGGUUAUUCAAUCCCAGCUUCCAGUAUUCACAAGGUUUGAUAACCCAGCUGCUGUAAGCCCAACUCCUACCAGGCAGCUAACUUUUAACUACCUCCUUCCAGUGAAUGCUUGGCUUCUGUUAAAUCCUUCAGAGCUUUGCUGUGAUUGGACUAUGGGGACAAUACCACUUAUAGAGUCAUUUCUAGAUAUUCGAAAUCUUGCCACAUUUACAUUCUUUUGUCUUCUGGGAACUCUGGGAGUAUUCAGUCUCCGAUACCCUGGUGAUUCUUCUAAGACUGUUUUAAUGGCACUUUCUUUAAUGGCAUUACCAUUUAUUCCUGCAUCGAACCUUUUUUUUCCAGUUGGAUUUGUUGUUGCUGAGCGAGUAUUAUAUGUUCCUAGCAUGGGAUUCUGUAUUUUGGUAGCACAUGGAUGGCAGAAAAUUUCAAACAAAAGUGUAUUUAAAAAACUGUCCUGGGUUUGUCUGUCUGUGGUGAUAUUCACUCAUGCCUUAAAAACCCUUCACAGAAAUUGGGAUUGGGAGUCUGAAUAUACAUUGUUUAUGUCAGCCUUGAAGGUAAAUAAAAAUAAUGCCAAAUUAUGGAAUAAUGUAGGACAUGCUCUGGAAAAUGAAAAAAACUUUGAAAGAGCUUUGAAAUACUUCUUACAGGCCACCCAUGUUCAGCCAGAUGACAUUGGUGCCCACAUGAAUGUAGGAAGAACUUAUAAAAAUUUAAAUAGAACCAAAGAAGCUGAAGAAUCUUACAUGAUGGCUAAAUCACUGAUGCCUCAAAUUAUUCCUGGUAAAAAAUAUGCAGCCAGAAUUGCCCCUAACCACCUAAAUGUGUAUAUCAAUCUGGCCAACCUGAUCCGAGCAAAUGAGUCCCGCCUGGAAGAAGCAGAUCAGCUAUACCGACAGGCAAUAAGCAUGAGACCUGACUUCAAGCAGGCAUAUGUUAGCAGAGGAGAAUUGCUUUUAAAAAUGAAUAAACCACUGAAAGCAAAGGAAGCAUACCUUAAAGCACUAGAGCUGGACAGAAAUAAUGCAGAUCUUUGGUACAACUUGGCGAUCGUAUACAUUGAACUUAAAGAACCAAAUGAAGCUUUAAAAAACUUUAAUCAUGCUUUAGAACUAAAUCCAAAACAUAAGCUAGCAUUAUUCAAUUCUGCUAUAUUAAUGCAAGAAUCAGGUGAGGUUAAACUCAGACCUGAAGCUAGGAAACGACUGCUAAGCUAUAUAAAUGAAGAACCACAAGAUGCCAAUGGCUAUUUCAAUUUGGGAAUGCUUGCCAUGGAUGACAAAAAGGACAGUGAAGCAGAGAUUUGGAUGAAGAAAGCCAUAAAAUUGCAAGCCGACUUCAGAAGUGCUUUGUUUAAUCUGGCUCUCCUGUAUUCUCAGACUGCAAAGGAAUUACAGGCUUUACCAAUUUUAGAAGAGUUGCUGAGAUACUACCCUGAUCAUAUCAAGGGUCUCAUUUUAAAAGGAGACAUUCUGAUGAAUCAAAAGAAGGAUAUACUUGGAGCAAAAAAAUGUUUUGAAAAGAUUUUAGAGAUGGAUCCAGGUAAUGUGCAAGGAAAGCACAAUCUUUGUGUUGUUUAUUUUGAAGAGAAGGACUUACUAAAAGCUGAAAAAUGUCUGGUUGAAACAUUGGCAUUAGCACCACAUGAAGAAUAUAUUCAGCGCCAUUUGAGUAUAGUCAGGGAUAAAAUUUCCUCAUCUAGUUUUAUUGAACAACCAGUAUCCCCAGCUGGUAAGAUGUCAGGUGUAGAAGGAGACAAAAUUCCACCUGAAAAUGUGAAAGAAAUCAGUAGUGAAUCCAGACCAGCACAGAUACAAAAAACAAAUGAUAACAAAAGUCAAUCUAAAUCAGAUAAACAGUUAGGAAAAAAUGCAGACAAAGAGACUCCCCAGAAAACAACAAAAGAUAUCAAAGAAAUUGAGAAGAAAAGAGUUGCUGCUUUAAAAAGACUAGAAGAAAUUGAACGUAUUUUAAAUGGAGAAUAGUAUUCUUUAUCAUGUGAGAGUGGUAUCAAAGAACUUUAAAUCUUGGAAUUCCUUGUACUGGCAGCUUUCAAAAAUAUCAAGGAUAUAUAACAGUUUAUCAUUAGCCGCCUCAUUGUAGAUUCAAGGUAAAAUUUUCAUUAAAGGCCUGUCCUACCCCAGGAUAUACAUAUUAAGUAAGAUAUGGCAGAAAUUUUCAGUUUUGGUGAAUAUAGCAGAAAUGCUAAGUUACAGGUGACAAAUUUUCAACUUCUAUUACAGAAGGAAAUUUUUCCUGAUAGAAUAAUCUGUACUACCCUCAAAAAUAAUUUGAGGCUUGAAUGAUAAUCUUUGAGGGCAAAUCUGACAUGUGCUAUUUUAUUCUGUGAAUUCCAUGUUAUUACUGUACUUCAUUUUUCCUUUACCUCUUGAAAUUUCUGGCUUUGGAUUCAAAACACUUAUUGAACACAUUCUUUUUCUAAAAUAGUUCUUAUGUUAACCAAGGGACUUAGCACUACAGAAAAAUUCUAGCUUUCUUUUUGUUGUUUACUUUGGUUAACUUUUAGAAGGAAUGCUGGGUGAAACAUAUUUUAAAAGUCAUGUGACAUGUUAGCUUAAGAAUGUAUUUUCAUAGUUUCAUGCUUACUCUUUACUCUAAAAUGCAGUUUUUAGGUAACAUUUUACACAUGCCUACAUAUAUACACAUUUCUAAUGGUGCUCAUGUAUGAUUAUUUUUAACACAUUGAGAGUAUCACAUGAACCACAUAAUCAUGCCUAUAUUUUGACUUUUACUCCCCAAACUUUUCAUGUUAGGGUCAUAGUCAUAUUGAGAAAUCCCAGUAACUCUCUUAAGAACUUUUGAGUUUUAACAUAGUAAAUUUCUUUUUCAUGUUAGUGUAGUUCUGCGAUCAUAUGUGAAUUUUAGUUUUAUGUUUCCAGAGUCACACCUUAAUCCCUCUUUCAUACCUUAAGCCACUAAAUUCAGUUCUGUUUAACAAAAGGCAAAAUAAUGUGAUAAAAUUUAUUUUUAAACACUAAAUUCCUGAAAUCUUGUUAUGGUAUAUAUUUUUAUUAAAUAUUUAUUUUGACUACUGAGCUUUCAUAAAAUUUUAAGCUGUUUUAAUUCUAUUAAUUGUGGAAAACAAAUUGCUAUUGCAUUCCCCUAUGUAUGCAUCAUUUUUCACUGACUGUCUAGUUAUAAAAAUAAUUAGCCUAGUAUAGGGUUAAUAAACUUGUCAGUUGAUUUUGACAAAUUUAAACUGGAAUGAUAUAGUAAGUUGAAAAGUAGAAUCAACUCAAAGUUAUAAUUUAAAUUUUUUUUUUUUUUUUGGAGUUAGAGUGCAUUUUAAAUGCAUUUGUAGUACUUACUAAAGUUGGUUUUAAUUUAAACUUAAAAAUAGCUAUCAUUGUGGGAUAAUAGCUGAUUUCUAAUUAUGUAGUAAUUCAGAAACUAUUUUUUUGGUUCCUUUGAGAUAACUUCUUUCUAAUUAUGUAUGUUUCAAAAAUCAUAUCCCAGUAAUCCUUUUAAGAAAUGUUUUAUAAAUAGGUCACAAAUGUUUCACAUGGUCUGUAUUAAAGACCUACUGUUACUAGAUUCCUUGAGGAUCUGUCAUAGAUUUUUAGGCAAUUUAAAGCAAGCACUGAUAAUAGUGGGAGAUAAUUCUUAGCCCAGGAGAUUGUGUUAAGCAUCAAAGCAAUACUUAAUUUCAGUCCUUAGAUUAUGGCUUUAUGACUCUAGAUAUAAGGUGGAGAAUACCUCAUAUAAUAUGACUUGAAAAAAUGAAGCUAUGUGUUUCUUAUGUUCUUUCCAUGUUUUGAGAAGUUGCUUCUGAGAGUGAUUUCUCUGCUAUGCUAUAAAGAGAGGAUAGUUUAGAAAAGUACAAGGAAAUCUUUAAUGAUAGCAGACAAAAUAAAAGUUUGAGUAGUAUUUUAAUAAAGCUAUAUAACUAUUCAGUGAUAAAAGGUAUAUAUUAAUGUGUAUCCAGUGAUUUUUCUAGAAAAAAUUAUCUUAGCACAUGGAACAGUGCCUAUCAUAUAGGAAAUGCUCCUGUAUCUUCAAUGACUUAUUUAAAUCAAAUUCACCCUGAUAUAAUUAAUAAUUUAAUAAUGAUAAUGGAUUCUUAAUCCAUUUCGUACUAGAAUCCUGGUGAGGGUGCCUUUUAGUAUGGACAUUAUCCUAUAACAGAUCUCAAUUUCUGGAGCCAUGCUUCAAUUUUCUAAAAGGUCUCUGAGUGGUUCUAAUUUGAAGUCAUGUUAGAGCACUGUGAUAAAUUAAUUCUGGAAAAUCCUUUUGUCUGUCUUGCGCUAUUUUUUAAAUUUAAAGUAGAAUCCAGUUAAGUUUUGAUGUUUAAAUUCCAUUAAGAAAUAAUUUUCUUCUGGAAAUCAGUAUGUAUUCCUUGAAAUUUGAGAUCUUACAUUCCAUGAAGCUUGCUUAUAUGUAAGAUUAUUAUUUCUCUAUAAAUUCAAAAUAGAAAUUUUAUUUAAAUUGUUAAGUAAAAAUAAUGGAUUAUUUUUCUCUCUCUCUGGAGCUGCCUUUUUGAGGAAAUGGUGUAGAAGGCUUAUUUUAUCCUAGGUUACUAACCAACAGUUAAAUUGUGAGAAUCCGUAAGCUUGGAAAAGAAAACCUAUCACCGGUUUGUACGUUACUGAUGAAUGGGCACAGUUUUACAGUACAAUCUGUUCCCUAAGAGUUCAAGAAAAGCUUUGACAAUCUCCGAGGGGCAAUGGUAUGUUACUCCUUCACUGCUUCUCAGAAGGUGCAAUUUAAGUUUCUAGAGUUGUUCCUGUAUGGAUUUACUAUUAUUAUUAACAUUCAGAAUUGGGAAUUUUGUCUGAUAAUUAUUCCAGUGAGUAUUUUUCUGGGGUUGAUGACGAGGAGAAUAAGACAAAUACAUAUUUUGUUUUGCAAUUUUCUGUUUACUUUUAUGUAAAUAUUUUGUAUGUGAAUUGCACAAUUCUAAUAAACCUCAUCCCUUUUAUUACAUCUAAUUUGAACUCAACUUCAUGUUUUAGAAUGUUUCUUCAAAUAUACUUUAAUGAAAUUAAGAAAAUAUAUAGAUUUGUAUGUCAGUUUAUACUUCAGAAUUGCAUAUAUUUGUCAUAUUUAUUUUUUUAAAACCUUCUAAUUGCAUGACUAAAUGGCUUAAAAAUAAACUCCCCAAAAGCUAUGGUACCUUUGUCCAAAAGUUUACAUGUUGGAAGCUGUCAGCCAUCCAUGGUAAGGGUUCAUAAGAAGAUAGUUUAAAAUUGUAUACAUUUUACAUUUAAUGUGUUUACCGUAUUUCUAAAUAUUCAGUAUUAAAUUGGUACUUUUUCAAGACUUAACAUGAUUUGCCUUUUAGUGUUAAAAUGAAAACAAAAAUACAAUUCUGUAUAUGAAGAGAUUUCUACUCCUACAAAGAACAGCUGGCAUGUAGUAUAGUAGCAUUUAUCUGUGAAAGGUGUCCAUUAAAUUAAUUCCUAAAGAUAUAUUAUGAGUGGCAAACUACAAGUUCUGCAUCUACCUAGGUUCAAAUUCUGUUGUCACCUAUGAUAUAACUUAAGGAAAUUAUUUAACCUGUGUGUCUCCAGUUUCUUCAUCUGCCAGUUGGGGAAAACACUUUCCUCUUAAGGUUCUUAAAGAAUCAAUAUGUUAUUUAUUACUUAAUAUGUUGAAGUUGUUUAGAAGAUAUCUAGAUGUUGUUUAGAUGUAUUAUUUUAAAGAUUUACAAAGAGAGAGAUUGGGAGAGACAGUGAAAGAGAAAUAUCUUCCAUAUGCUGUUUCACUCUUCACUCAGCUGCAAUGGCCAGGGCUGGGCCAAGCUGAAGCCAGAAGCUUCAUCCAGGUUUCCUACAUUGGUACAGGAAUCCAAGGAUUUGGGCCAUCUUCUGCUUUCCCAGAUGCAUUAGCAGGGAACUGGAUCAAAAGUGGAGCAGCUGGGACUUGAACUGGCACCCAUAUGGAAUGCUGGUAUCGCAGGGGAUAACUUUACCCACUAAGCCACAAUGCCAGCCCCCUAGAAGAAUCCUUAUAGUAAGUAAAUUAUCUACUAAUAAAAACAAAGUUAAACUCUUUUGAUGCAAAUUAUUUGAUUUAUUUGUAUGCUGGCAGAGAUAUCAAUAAUGGUGAUGAAAGCAAGUGAAUGAUUAGAAAUUAAUGAUAAUUCUCAUUUCUUAGCUAUCUAUGCUGACAGGUACAUAGGUAGCAUAAAGUACAAGUAGUUUUAGAAAAUUUCAUAGAAAGUGAAUAUUCUUUUUAAAAAGUAUUUGGAUUUCAAAAAUGUUUUGCCGAAAUAUGAUUCUACUGCAUCUAGUUAAGUCCUAAGAUAAAAUUCAGGAUAGACCUUCAAAAAUUUCAGAUAUAAUUUGGUAUCCUAAUUCCUGUGUUCCUCCCUUGGGAAUCUUGAAAAGAAGAUGUGCAUAAAAGAGCAAAAUUAGGCAGUACUACUUUAAUAAUGACAAAACCCAAAACCAAAAAAGCUCCAUUUUCAUUUGAUGAGGGUCAGACAAAAUCAUUUUGGCCAAGAUGUGCAUGUGGACAGCUAAUAGGGUGAGGUGCUUAGAAGAUAGAGAAAGGAAACUAAGUAAUGGAGGUGAGAAGACGCUUCAUUUUCCUGGCUUGACUGAUCCUUUGGCUGAUAGUUUGUUCAGCAGAAAUCUUCUGCCUAAGCAACAGCAUCUACCUAAUGGGGAGUAUUACCAUAAUUAAAUGUAAUAGUAAAAGUGAGAAAUGCACUGGCUUUUUGCUGAAUAUUGAGCAGUGGAUUAUCUAGUUGACAGACCUGCCUCCUAAUAUUUGCAAGGCCUGUGAAAAAGGAAAAGAACAGACCAACAUACCAUAUGUCUAAACUGUUAGAGAUUAUAAAUCAAAGUAAUAUAUGUGCGCUUGCUACAAUUGACAGAUUCAUACAAGAAGUGAAAAUGUAUAAAAAUGUGAUUGUAUCAAAAGCAAAAUAAAGGCGGAUGAAUUGUAUUGAACAUGCAUAGUGUUUUAAUA